AUGGGUAGGCAGCGCCGUGCUGCUGGGGUUCCAGCUGCUGCCAGCGAUGCGUUCCUUCUUGUGCGCGUUCUAGUGCCGGCCCUGCGCCUGCGACUUGACAAACGUCUUGUUGUAGAACAGGCACGGGAACAACCGCACACUGCUGCUGCCGUCGACAAGGCCGCCGCUGCUUGUGUUAUCAGAACAAGAAUGCCGAACACCAAUAAUGACUCCUCUGCGCCCAAUGGUGCUAAUGCGCUGCCACCGCCUCCCAAUUUGGUUGAGGCAAUCGCGGCCAUGUUGACUGGGCGCGAUGAACAGACGGAACUGCUCCGUCAGCUCGUUCAUCAGGGUGCUGCACCGCGGCAUGGAAAUCAUAAUCAUCACCAGCCGCCUGUCCCUGGGUAUCAGGAGUUCUUGGGUACUCAGCCACCGCUUUUCCAUAAGGCGGAUGAGCCACUGGAAGCUGACAGUUGGCUCCGGACCAUUGAGUCCAAGUUCACUCUAUAUCAGUAUGAUGACAAUGACAAGGCAUCAUUUGCAGCUCAGCAGCUCAGAGGUCCUGCACGUACGUGGUGGGAUAAUCACGUAGCUAUGUUCCCUGCUGGCACUCGGUUUUCUUGGGAUGAGUUCAAGGAAGCUUUCAGAGCACAUCAUAUCCCUGAAGGGGUUAUUCGCAGGAAACUCAAUGAGUUCCUGGCUCUGAAACAGGGCAAUAAUACUGUGACACAAUAUGCUCAAGCUUUUAACACUUUGUCUCAAUAUGCUGGGUAUCAUGUGGAAACAGAUGAAAAGAAACAAGCGUGCUUCAGGCAGGGGCUUAGCAGCAAGCUCCAGGAACGUUUGAUUAUGUUCAAAUUCAACACCUUUAGUGAGCUGGUCAAUGGGGCUAUCACUCAAGAGGACGCCCGUAUAGCUCAUCAGGCAGAGAAAAAGAGGAAGGCACCAAUGGGUGGAUCUUCUAGUCAGGCUAAUCAGAGGUUUCGUCUGAUUCAGGCCGGACCCCCUCGUGCACCUUAUCAGCAUCGGCCGGUGUACCGACCAGUACAGUAUCAGGCCACAUAUCAGCCUCCACAAUAG